AUGUGUUCAUCCUGGAGACUGGCAGACGGGACCCCGAUCUACAGUGGCUGUGAUCCGUUCGUGGUUGAUCGAUGUGGUCAGGAAUUAAAAUUCGACUACAGAUGCUGCAGUGGUUUCCAACACAGUCAUGAAUAUCUUGGAGGCGAUUCGAAUAAUCCUUGCGCGAAACUUAUUCCACAAUUUAGUGAUUGUCCUUCGGUUGUUGAGGGCUUAGGCUUCAAGAAAUUUGCCUCCUACCUCAGGAAUUUCCCAGAGUUAACGCAAAAGAACGGCCAGCCUUUCACAAUCUUUGUUCCACUCCCCGAAAACGGCGGUGAUCUAGACCGGAUCUAUGGAAGCAACCACCGUGCCGUUGGCUACCACGUUGCUAAGGGCCGAUACUACUCUGACAGCCUGCGAACCGGGGUUGAACUUGAAUCCAUCUAUAACAGCGAAAAAAUCAAAAUAACCAGAACGUCUUUUGGCAGCAUAAACGUCGAGUGUACAGAGGUGAGCCAGGCUGACAUCGAAUGCGGAUCAGGGCUCAUCCAUAUAAUUCGGCACCCCCUCGUUCCGCGAUCUGGCUUGGGAAGCCUUGACAAGAGUUCAGUGAUGACACUCCUUCGCACCAAUUCUGAGACUCGGGACUUCGCCAAUUACCUGCCGCAGAAGCUUCAAGCAGACCUGGCCAAUGUAGCGUCCGGAGUCACCUACACAGUUACCGUCCCAUCUGCUCAAUCAUGGUCCAACCUACGCGAUCGAUACAGCCGUGAACAACUCGAAAUCAUUGCGUCAAGUCAUGUAAAUGUCGGACUUAAAUGCACCUCCAACCUCUACAAAGGUGAACAAUCGAUAACCAGUGUGAUGGGUCAGCCCCGCACAGUGGAGUGCAGCAUUUCCUCCGGUGGGAAAGAGGUACGCACGAUAAUCGAUGCUUGCGGUCAGGCCCACGAAUUCAUCGCUGGCCAAUCAGACCAAGUAGCUACCAACGGUGUUGUCCACCUCAUCAGCAGCCCCGUUAUACCAACUUCUCUUUUAACACUGAAGGACUUCAUUGAAAGACCCGAGUGCGCCAAAUACCAGAACAUCGACAAGUUCAUGGAUGUCCUGCGAGAUUGUGACCUCUACAUGAACGACGCCGAUCAGUAUGCUGUAAUCGCGCCAGAGAACUCGGCGUUCGACUGGUGGAGAAACUACCAUCAAUUCCGGGCUGAAUAUGAACGCUUUCAGGUGGACAAGGAGUACCGGUGUAGGGUGGCGAGGUACCACAUAGUGAAGCAUAAUGGCAAUCUCGCAAACAUUACUGAUUUCUCCGGUCACACCAACGGCCAUCGCACCAACAACAAACACGACUACCUCUACGAGACGACUUACUUCACCAAGCACAAGAUGGGUUCAAACCUUAACUGGCAUUACUCGCCAGUGAAUAAUCUUAAAACGGUCCCCCUCAAAGCCACCUCGAUCUACAAGACGUCAAGGAUAAAUGUCAUACCAGAGAAAAACAUAACUGAAAUCCUGAAUGAACGCAAAGACUUUUCUCAUUCGAAAUCCAUCACACAAACCGCUGAUAUGGAGACGAAUGUGUUUAGCAAAAAGGCCCCAACCAAUCUCUACCUUGUGACGAAUGACGACGGUUGGAUCGAUCCGCGUUCGAAGCAAAUGGGCAAAGCGUUGGUCAGCCCUGAGCUCAGUCUCUACGAAAGUGUUCCUGAACUGUCCGAAAACUUCGCCAAACUGAACCACAUACCUUUGUACCUCUGGGGAGGCGAUAUAGGCUACUUUGAGAAGAAUUCAGUUCAUCGAUUUAUGUCGACCGUUGGAGUAGAGCUCAUCUUCUGGAUGGACGAACAGGGCACGAUGCGCAUUGGCUACGACGGCUUGCCGAAUAGUGAUUGGCCACGAGUUGUCGAGUUCAACUUGCCGGCUCGCGACGGCAUUAUCUGGGUCCUGGAUGGCUUCCUCAAGUGUCCUCCUAAUCUCUGUUCAAUGCAGCUGGAAGAUACUGAUGUCUACACCUUCUACACCGCAGCUUGUAUCACAACGGACCUGGAAGGUGAGGCAGACGUCAAAAAGGCGUUUUCGUCUCAACCAAUAGAAAUUGCCAAACGCCAUCCAGACAAGUGUGUCAUCAUCAAACAGGGCGAAGUAACGACUGUGAAAGACAUCUUUGCAGAAGGACCAAUGGCCGACCACGAGCAUUGA